CGAAUACUUCUACUCAUCACUACUCUUCCAAGAAAGUACUUGAAACUUGUCGUUGCGUUCUCUCUUAAAUAAAUAAAGCUUGUGUUGAUCGAAUCGAGUAAUUUGAUCGAAUGGACAAGUUCAAUUUUGUGAAAGAUGGAGCGAUAAAGCUACCUCCUGGUUUUCGAUUUCAACCUACUGAUGAAGAAAUUGUUUUUCAAUAUUUGAUACGUAAAACAUUUUCUUGUCCCUUGCCUGCUUCUAUUAUACCUGAAAUCAAUAUUUGCAAGAACGACCCCUGGAAUUUGCCUGGUGAUGUAGAGCAAGAUAGAUAUUUUUUCAGCAACAAGGAAGCUAAAUAUAGGAAUGGUAAUAGAGCAAAUAGGGCAACUAUAGGUGGUUAUUGGAAGCCAAGUGGUUUAGAUAAACAAAUUAUAUGCAGUAAAAGAAAGCCAAUUAUUGGGAUGAAGAAAACUCUUGUUUUCUAUAAAGGAAAGAGUGCUUCUCAAGCUUAUAGAACUGAUUGGAUUAUGCAUGAAUAUCGUCUCGUUCUUCCUAAAAAUUCAUCGUCCAAUUUACAUGUCCAUUUCAACAAAUCAUCAUCUCAGCAGAAUAAUUCAUUGGUUCAAAUAGGAAAUUGGGUUCUUUGUCAUAUAUUUUUGAAGAAAAGAAAUGGAAAAUGUGAUGAAGAAAUUAUUGAGGCUAACUAUCAUGAUUAUAAUUACAAGGCUAAUGAUGAACAUAAUAAUGUAGAUUAUUAUGAUUUUAUGAGGGAAGAUAAUUUGAGUGAUACUAGAGCUGCAGCUUCCUCUUGUUCUUCUUCUUUGAGCAUUAAUAAUUAUGAUGCAAAUGAGGUUUCUUCAUGUCCAAGUAGUCUACUACAACAUCAACAACCUCUUUAAUUCAUAAUAUUGUACUUAAUUUUCUUGUUUUCCCAUUGUUUAAUGCAAUAAUAUUUUCUUCGAAAAAAUUAAAAGAAA